AUGUGGCUAGGUUUCGGGGCAGCGCCUCCACUUUUCGAGAACGGAUGGAGUUUCGCCCCGUCCUCCCUCCACCUGCCCACCCCCAGCUUUGCCGUGUUCAGUUCCUCGCGGACGGGCUCCAAGGGCUCCUCUGGACGAUCCCCUGACCUGACGGCGUUGGGACCUCAGCGCCUCCCGCGCCCUCCCCCCUUUCGGGAACUCGUGGUCAUGGUCAAGUUUGUUGAGUCUGACGCGACUGGCCUGCCACUCAAGCGAAAGCAGGUUGCGCACGCCUGCAUCGCUUGCCGCAAGCGCAAGAAGCGAUGUGUCCAUGAAUAUAGUUUUGCCCCCGAGGACAAUGCGUCUUUCCAGGAUUCGGUAUCUCCGACCAAGUCUGGUCCAUACAGCUCCGCGUCGAUGGAAACGCCGAAGGUGUCACCAGUUGACACUCGGCUUCACAUUGCUGUGCCGCCCCCGGAGGGCCGGCCUACAAGUCGCUUUGUCGGCGACCUGAACCCGGAACAUCUGUUCAUCGAGGCUACCAGUCCCAACUCAAACCGAGACACUUCGGUCCGGGGAGGCAUCGGCGUCUGGCAGUCACAGAACACCCAAAAUGCCAGGCCGCAGCCCACAUCGGCCCCGUCUCUUCCAGGGCCGUCGCAAACGAUGCUACAGGUUCUGCAACAUUAUGUGCACACGCAGUGUCUCCCCUGCGUUCCUCCCAAUCGAGAAUGGCAGACUCUGAGAGACCUGUAUUUUGAGAAGGCUGACCCACUCUUCCCUGUCAUCAGUUUCGAUCUCACCAAUGGCCCGGAAAUGUCACCGUCGGCCAUUGUCAUCAGGCAGGUCAUCUGCCUUGCGGCGGCCAUCAACGUGGAAUCUACACCCCACCUGAGGUUGAAACCAUACGGACGGCUUCUCAGCCGCUCAGAGUAUACCACCCAUCUGUCGACGGCCAUCCAUGCGACGAUUGACUCGGGCUUGAUUCAGGACCGCGCUCUGCUGAUUCGCGUCCGACUGCUCUACUCCAUGUACAUGCAGCCGACGUGCCCAGAAGAAGCCGAUUUACCUACAGCCGUUUUUGCCAAGGCAGCCCAUCAGCUGAUCACUUUGGGUUUUCACAUACCAAUGGACGAGACAAACAGUGACGUGAGCCAGAUUCGGACUCUUUUCCUCUGUACCUGGGCUCUCGACCGUCUCAACGCCGCAAUAUAUGGCAGAGCCUCUAUCAUUCACGAGAGAGACGUGGGAUGGGACUUCGACGAAUGCAUCCGAAAGCAAGAGCCACCAUUUCGGUUGUUCCUGAUGAUCACUCGGCUGCUAGAUGAAGUCUUCAGCCUAUAUCGCCCCACUCAGAAACUCCACGAAGAGCCGCUGUACAUUGAUAUGCCUAUACUGGAACAGCUCAUUGUGGAAGCCGGCGCCACAAAGGUUCCCAACCCGCUCCUUGCAACUAUUGAAGUUUUUUACCACGCGGUAGCUAUACUCUCCUGUCGGUUCCCCCAAGGAGGUAGCAGGUCGGCCCUACCUUCACGAGCUACAAACAGUAGACGGUCACUGUCGGCGGACCGUAUUACGGAGCUUGUCCAGAACGAAUUCACCCGAGAGCUAUCUUACAUGCCCAUCAUCCCAUACGCUAUUUCUCUCAGCCUAAGCGUCGGGUACCGCAAGAUGCGAUACAGUCAGAUACCUAUGUUCAGGCAGCGAGGACGCCGCGCUUUUGGGGAGAACACCAAGCUGCUUCUUAGGCUCGGGGAGACUUUCUGGUGCGCGAAGACCAUGGGUGCCAUGGCGGAGCAGGUAUUGCAGGAGAUGGACAAGGCCGCUGCGUCCAUAGCGCAGGAGACCGGUUCUGGCGAGAACAGCGUAAGGGAGGGUAGCGACCCGCAGCCAGAGACACAGUUAUUGGUCUUCAGUGCAACACCACGAGGCGUCCCACCGACGACAGCAUCAAUGACGCUGGAUAGUGGAGACAUGUCUGUACUUGCAAUGGCGCCCGAGAUUGAUGUUUGGGGGCACAUAGACCCGAAUUUCAACAUGGGUGCGGUGGAUGCGGCAAUCCAGGGUAAUUUGGACUUUGGGACUUCUGCCAAUUGGUUUGACUGGCAGCAGCAGAACUGGGGGGCUUUCAUGGAUUGGCGACCAGGUGGUGCCAAGGCGACUGCAGAGCAGCUCUUUUGCCACUCAACGCGCACCCGCAACACCGAUAUUUCCGGACACAGCGACCCAGAUCGCCGGCGGCAACAUGGUCAACCCACUGACAUUUCUCCUGCAUUCAGCGGUUCGUCAUCCCAAGGCCUUCCUACAGCUGCGCGCUAUCUACUAACAGACAAAUGCAGGAGCAUUUCAUCACUCGAGUACGCCACGAUCCUGUCCAGCUGCCGCGACGUCAUCCACAUGGCUGAUCUUUCCGAGCAGGCACUUCUUAGAUCCCCUUUGUUCCACCGUGGCGUGCGGCAAAUCCAUCGAAAGGUCGAAGACAUCAGGCAUGGCCACUGGCCCGACGAUCUGCUGACGAAGGGUAAGGCGACGGCGGAAGCCCCGCGCCGAGACGGCUUCGUUAGAUACUUUACCGAAGAGCUACGCAACCAGCUUCGCGGACGACCGACUACCGAGCUCCCACCAACAAAGCCACCUAAGACCAAGGAGUGA